AUGGGCCUGACGCCAGGCUGCUGGGUGUCAGGGCACCCGAGGGAGCCGGAGGUGGGGCGAGGCGUGGCACCGCGCCGCAUGCUCACCUGGCCCUGCAUGGCAACAGGCAAUGGAGCUCUAGGUCCCUUCGGCUGCGGACCCACGCCCGGUUCGAGAGGCAGCGGGUGGCAGAGGAGGGAGGGCAAACUGGCAGCCCCUGGCAACCUGGGGCUGACGGCAGGAGGCUGGGCACACCGCGGAUUUCCCCCCGCCGGCAGGAUGGUGAACCUGGAGUCCGUGCACGCAGCUGUCCCCGAAGGAGAAAGUGGCCCCGGGUGUGGUGGCAGUCAUCACUUCAAGGAGAUCAAGAUGAGCGGGGAUGCAGCAGAUUCCACAGACAGCCGGCACGAACCUGACCAGGUGGAGCCAGGGAAUGAACAGAAUGGGCUGGACUUUAACAGGCAGAUUAAAACCGAGGACCUCAGCGACUCCUUGCAAUCUGCCCUCCCCCCUCGGUCGGGUCACCUCGUGCAGGGAUCGUCCAUGAUGCCAGGGAGCCAAAUCGCAGGGGACAUGAGCUCUCUCCACACCCUGCAGCAGCUGGUGUUGCUUCCUGGGCACAUGCAGUCAGUCCCCCAGUUCCUUCUGUCCCAGUCUCAGGCAGGACAACAAGCUUUGCAGCCAAACCUCCUCUCCUUCCCUCAGCAACAGGGCAGCCUCCUCCUCUCCCAGCCCGGACCCAGCCUGGCCUCCCAGGCUGUGGGGCGCUCUGGCCUCCCUGGCUCCUCGGUUGAACCCCACCUGGACGUCCCCCAGCACUUGCAAGUGGCAAAGCACCUGACCCCAGCAGGAGCUUCCGAGGAGCCCAGCGACCUGGAGGAGCUGGAAAAGUUUGCAAAGACUUUCAAACAAAGGAGGAUCAAGCUGGGGUUCACACAGGGCGACGUUGGCCUGGCCAUGGGGAAGCUCUACGGCAAUGACUUCAGCCAGACCACGAUCUCCCGCUUCGAGGCUCUCAACCUGAGCUUCAAGAACAUGUGCAAGCUCAAGCCCCUGCUGGAGAAGUGGCUCAGUGAUGCAGAAUCUGCUCCUUUGGAUUCCUCCAUGAGCACCCCCAAUUCCUACCCCUCAGUGAACGAGAUGUUUGGACGGAAAAGGAAGAAGAGGACCAGCAUCGAGACCAACAUCCGCUCCACACUGGAGAAGAGAUUCCAAGAUAACCCCAAGCCCAGUUCAGAGGAGAUCUCCUUGAUAGCAGAGCAGCUCUCCAUGGAAAAGGAAGUGGUUCGGGUCUGGUUCUGCAACCGGCGCCAGAAGGAAAAGCGGAUCAGCUGCCCGAUGCCAUCCCCCAUCAAAUCACCCAUCUACAACUCCAGACUGGUCUCUACCUCAGGCUCCUUGGGGCCCCUCUCUGUCAAUCCCGUGCACAGCACCAUGCCUGGGACUGUGACAUCCUCGUGCUCCCCAGGGAACUCCAGCAGGCCCUCGUCCCCUGGCAGUGCCCUCCAUGCCAGCAGCCCCGGCACAGCCCAGAGCAACUCCAAAGCUGCCAUGAACUCUUCUGGCUUCAACUCUUCAGGCUCCUGGUACCGAUGGAACCAACCCACCUACCUCCACUGAGACCUCGAGCAGCGAGGGCGAGAGCAGCUCUGCCUCCAGGCCGUGCACCACCGACCACGCUCGGGGCCUUCCAGUGCCUUCCACCGCCGGCUGCGCCAGGAACCCCCGGCAGCGGGGCUGUGCAGGGACUCAAACUGCAGCCCAGCCCUUCCCCCAGCCCCACAGUGACAUUUUCCCUCUUCCCCCAGCCCCACAGUGACACUGUCCCCUUCCCCAAGCCCCCACGGUGCCACUGUCCCUCCAGGGCGAGCCCCGGCUUCGCUGUCCUCGCAUGGCUCCUCCGCUUGCAGCUCCGCAUCCUCCCGGGCAGGGCUCCCGUGCCAGGACUCUCCUCUCUCUCUCUCUCUCUCGCUCUCUCUCUGUCCCCAUCCCGUCCCAGAGCUCCCCAAAAGGAAGGAGGGUCCCUCCUGCUGUUCCUGUCACGCACAGCCCCCAAACUGAGCCGAGGUUUGAGUUCAUUUCACCGCAGCCCCGUGGCUGGGUGGGAGCCUUGGUUUUCCCCAGGCUCCCCAUCCACUUGCUUUGCGCCUCCUGCUCCCUUUCUAAAGGUGCUUUUUGUUUCAUUUUUCCUUCCUUUUUUUUUUUUUUUUUUUUUAAUUAAGUAUUUUAGAGCCUUCUUAUUUUUUCCUUUAAAAAAAAAAAAAACAAACAAACAACCAAAAAAAAAAAAAUUGUCUUUUGCAAAACUUUUGUCCAGGUCUUGUUAUUGCUGGAAACCUUGGGGGAAAUGGUGAUUUGUGUUGAUUUAGUGGG